AUGCCAGAGACCCAGAUGCUCCUGAAACACAUUGGGCUGAAGCCAGGCCAGUAUAGCCCACUGAGCAAACUCAAAUUGGCGUGCACGAUCGGCGACGUCGAGGCGGUCAACAAGCUACUUGCGUCGGGCACGGAUCCGCUGGCCACCGGCGCGCCUGUUGAUUGGCAUCACGAUACUCCAGCGAUCCACCAUUGCAUCGUUCACGCUCAACCCGCGUGCCUCGAAGCGCUUCUGGCGACCGGGAACCUGGAACUGCUCGAGCAAGUUACAUUUACGGGUGUCACGCCACUCCGCAGGGCAAUUGAUAAUAUCCGGCACGAGAAUUACUGUUGUUUGAAAUGCGCGUGCAAAAUAUUUGAAUGUGUCGAAAUCUUACUCGAAGCCGGCGCUGAGAUUGGUAGUGUGCCUAUAUGUCACUACGAGUAUGCUUUCGAUCUCGAACUCGAAAGCAUGCUCGAGGACGCCGCGAACCUGCGCUUCUCGCGGCUAACGCACCAACAGUUCCCGCAACCCGCGCGAAUCUUCGCCGGGGAGACGCUGCGACUCGGGUACCAGAUCGCGUCCACGAUCGGAUCUGGAGCUCUGCCCGCAGUCUGGGAGGAGCACGUCAUGCCGUUCCUGGUAGAUAGAACGAGUCGCCCGAUGGCGUACGCGUCGGACCUCGAAGCGAAGGUAGAAUAUCGCAAGAACGAAGUAGCAAUCAAGAAAGCGACGAGGAACACUAUUGUUAAAGACGCGUCUCUGCGCUCCGCGAUGGUCGACGGGUCGCUGACGGCCCGGGCGGUUCGAGCGGCGGUGGUCGCGCGGCUGAACUUAUCGGCGGACACCGCCGCGCAGCUCAAGACCAUGUACCGAGACUGCAUCAAGGCCGAGAUGCUCUCGGUGCGAGAAGCGUUCCAAGAGUGUCUAGGGAUCUGGUCCGACGUCGUCGAGGUGAUAUCAGUCGACGACGUCGGCUCCACUCGCGGGUUCGAGCCCGGGCUUGUGUGCCAAGCGGUCGUCAAAUCCUCGUGCGGUUCAAUUUACCGAUUGAGGACGACCAAGAAAUGCCACCGUCUCUCGGUGUUUCCGGGGCUACGAGAACCCCUUUUAUUACGGAUAGGUCCGGGUUGGCACGUGCCUCCUUGGGACGGCCGUGUUCCGAAGAAACGCCGCCGCUCGUGA